UAGUGUCCUCGCAACCGAUCCAGGAGCCACAUGUUUAUAUAGUUAAACAAUAUAAUCCACCGCCAUAAUUGUGAUUGUAUAAUUCCAGGACAUUUUCUAAAUUCAAAGUGAUUCUGUUGAAAGAAUCCAUGUCGGCCUCAUCGGCCUAUUUGACCUCCCCUCCUCCGACGAGUGAGGGGGGCGAGGAGGGAGUUAUGAAUCUUGUAAAUCCUUCUGUUUCUCAGGGAUAUAGCUUACAGAGAGAACAAGUGGAAAUGAAGUAUAUGCCUCCCCAACCUCAAGUCCAUCAUAACGGACAUCCUGGACUCCACCCUAACCCUUGGGGACUCCCUAGUCCCGCCGUGGACCCGUGGGGGUCCAUGCACCAUGGACUUUACGCCCAGGAGCUCAAACAGGAGAUUAAACCCCUGCCAGGGGACUAUGGGCGUGUCCACCACAGUAUGCACCACCCCUCUGCCUGGCAGCCCCCUACAGGGGCGUACCUAGGAAUGGGGUCCAAUUCAGGGACCAAUUCUCCUUCACCAGUCCACGGACUUCAACAUCCAGCUUAUGGAAUGAAUGGAUGGAACUUGUGCUUCAAUACGGAAGGUUUAGAGAAAUUAAAUGGUGUGUCAGGGAUGCUACCCGGGCACAUGCAACAUCCUUUUGUGGAUCGGUAUAGGGAUUCUCAUAAUGCUUCUCCACGAUCCCUAGUUGAUGAGGACUCCAUGAAUCCUCCUAGCUCAGCGGACAUGUUUUCACCGCACGAAGAAAGACUUCUUGGAUACGACCUGGAAGCAUUUGCCAAGCAGUUCAAGCAGCGGAGAAUAAAGCUUGGUUUCACCCAGGCCGAUGUUGGUCUAGCCCUGGGGACCCUCUACGGAAAUGUAUUCUCACAAACCACAAUAUGUCGCUUUGAAGCGCUCCAACUUAGCUUUAAAAAUAUGUGCAAAUUGAAGCCAUUGUUACAAAAAUGGUUGGCAGAAGCUGAUAGCACCACAGGCACUUCGGCCAACAUAGAUAAAAUAGCAGCUCAAGGACGAAAACGGAAAAAGCGCACUAGCAUCGAAGUAUCGAUUAAAGGUGCACUGGAGCAGCAUUUCAAUAAGAGCCCUAAACCGACGGCGCAGGAGAUUUCCGGUUUGGCGGACUCCUUGCAGCUGGAGAAGGAGGUGGUAAGGGUCUGGUUCUGUAACAGGAGGCAGAAGGAGAAGCGUAUGACCCCCCCGCAGAUGGGGGGCGAGUAUAACCCCCUCACUGGGGAGACUGACCCCCCUCACUAUGAUCACAAUGCGCCCCACGAACCUCUUCAACGGGACUUUACUAGUCCGCUAGGACAAGGAUCACCAGAUCCUAAUCUAGAAAGACACGACACCAAUCAACCCUCCUAUCUGUGGCCAAAAGAUUUGAAGGAUCACGCUGCAGCCUCUAGAGUUUGGGGAACAACUGAAGUAUGUCCAUUAAACGACAUGUUGACUUGUAUCUCUAUUGACUAUAUUAACUAUCAGCUGAAGUAUGUCCAUUAA